ACAAUGGCAUCCUUCUGGAUUUUCUCAAUCCAGUUGCUCCUGCUGAUCUCCGUUGCAUCUGCAUCACAUUUCACGGCAGGCACUGCUAGGGUCGUUCCCAAAGAAAAACAACUUGAUGGAUCAAUUAAGGUGAAUAUAUAUUUCAGGCAAACUUACAGAAACUGCCAGCUCUAUUUCGAUUGGACAUGCUGGAAUGGUAACUGCGGAAACACAUUGGAAGCAAAACAAGGUGUAAUAGACAGGAGCACAAAUUCUGCACCCAACACAAAUGGUUGGUGUGAAACAGAAAUAGUGCAGUCAAGAUAUUACCCCAAUGACGAUUCAUUUGAACUGAGGAAAGCUAGCUGCUGUUGGAUUCACAAUGUGAAUAAACUGGGGUCCUGGAGACUGUUCACACAUGUGGACUUGAGGGAAAGAUCUGAUAACUGGCAGGCGAAUGGCUCUCCAAAUAAUGCUAUCAUGCCUUUCCUGAGAGUUCCUUCAAACUGCCCAAGAUCCUACCAUCUGAUGACAGAUGACCCUGAUGGGGAUCGGGUGAUUUGCAGAUACGGAACCAUCUUAAACAGAGAAUGCGCUACAUGCAAUCAACCCCAAGGUUUUGAGCUGGAUGAGAGAAACUGUGUCCUACACUACCGUUCCACAUCAUACACUGGGACGUAUGGGUUUGAGUUGGUGCUGGAAGACUUUCCAAGAACCACCAUCUCCUUGAUCUCUACAAAUGGAACUUCAACUCAGAGGUUACCUUUGCCUUCAAACAGAAAGAAACGUGCAGUCUACUACACAUACUCUUACACCACUAUCCCAGGCCCAACCACCACCACGACAGGCCCAACCACCAUGACAACCAAUUACCCAUGGUGGUGGCAACAUCAAGGCCCAACCACUACCACCACGACAACCAAUAAGCCAUGGUGGUGGCAACAUCAAGGCCCAACCACUACCACCACAGGCCCAACCACCAUGACAACCAAUUACCCAUGGUGGUGGCAACAUCAAGGCCCAACCACUACCACCACGACAACCAAUAAGCCAUGGUGGUGGCAACAUCAAGGCCCAACCACUACCACCACAGGCCCAACCACCAUGACAACCAAUUACCCAUGGUGGUGGCAACAUCAAGGCCCAACCACUACCACCACAGGCCCAACCACCAUGACAACCAAUUACCCAUGGUGGUGGCAACAUCAAGGCCCAACCACCACCACGGCAGGCCCAACCACCACCACGGCAGGCCUAACCACCACCACGGCAGGCCUAACCACCAUGAAAACCAAUUACCCAUGGUGGUGGCAACAUCAAGGCCCAACCACCACCACGGCAGGCCCAACCACCACCCCGUACCAAACCUACCCCAGCAAACCGUAUCCUACUCCUCUCAGUCAAAUUCCUCUUCAAUUCUCCGUUCUAGUGGAUUCGCCUGCUCCGUCCUGCACUGAAGGAGAGUACCUGCCUAGGUUUGUUCACCCAACACCAAGUCAUGGAGACCAUCUGAAUGCUCAAGUCAAUGAAGAAUUUGAAAUCACAGUCAAAGCAGUAGCUCAGUAUUCAACAGUAGGUGAUAUCAUCUUCACAGGACCCCUGGGUACCACCAAACACAGGAUUGAACGGGGAGAGUUUUAUCUGAGAUGGACCCCGACUGUACACCAAUUUGGAGACCAGGUUCCAAUUUGCUUCAUUGCGGAGGCAGCUUUUUCGUAUCAGCAGUUUCAGUCAGAAAUGCGAUGUGUUUGGGUGCAUGUUGAACAUGCUAAAGCACACGUGAUCUGCAAUGAAACCUCCAUGACAGUAGAGUUGGAGAAAGCCGCAUUUAAGGGACUAGAUGAAGAUCACCUGCGGCUAAAUGAUCCCGGCAGCACAGCCUGCAGACUACACUCCAAUGGCACUCAUGUCAUUGGUUUCAUCCCACUUAAUGAAUGUGGUACUAUGAUUAAGGAGGACGAUGAAAACCUUUUGUUCUCAAAUGAGAUCACCACCUUUGAGGAUGUCAGAGACAUCGUUACCAGGAAACAUCUUUUGGAAGUUCAGUUUUCCUGCCAGUACCCAAAGCGUGGAAACGUAUCCCUUGGGUUUACAGUCCACAGGGACAACCAGACUAUUACCGAGAAGGGCUUUGGGACGUUCACCUACAACUUUGAGUUCUACCCAGACAUCGACUUCGACACAAUGAUCAAUCCACACUUCUACCCGCUGGACUAUGAAGUUGGAGAUAAGAUAUACAUGCAGAUAGAUGCCACGACUUCAAUCAAUAACACUGUUCUGUUUGUGGAGUCCUGUAGUGCUUCACCUUACGAUAACCCCAAUUACCAGCCCACCUACCCAAUCAUAGAGAACGGGUGUGUACAGGACUCCACUGUUGUCCUCUAUCCCCCAAGUCAUAAUAAACAGUUUCGGUUUUCAAUCGAUGCCUUCAAAUUCAUAGGAUUACAUGACCAGGUGUACAUCAGCUGUUCGGUCAUUCUAUGUGAGGCUGGGAACCCCAACACCAGAUGCUCCAGGGGAUGUCUCCCAACCAACCCCAUCGGUCGGCGCAGGAGAUCGGCUGCAAUUGAAACAGGAGCGCACUUCAUUUCCCAGGGUCCUUUGCGUCUGCAAAGCACACCGGAAAACAAGAGCAGUGUAACCGGCCUGAAUCUCAACAUGGCCUUCAUCGCUGGAUGCCUUCUAGCGGCGAUUGCCAUGAUCUGUGGAGUGAUGAUUCACAAAUUCAAGAGGGCUGCUGUUCGGUAUCAGCCUUUGUCAAGCAUUGAGCAAUAGGUUAUCAGUGAACAUGGCUUGGAUAUCGAAAUGUAUGGGAAGGAUAUUGUUAAUUAGCCUCACAAAUUAAUUAUAAUAAAUAAGGAAUUCUUUCAAAGUCUGAUUAUACUAUAUAUAUUGUUAUUUCUUGUUUACUGUAUCGAGAUAUGUAAUUGGUUAUUGGUUCAUAUUAUUCUUUUAAUUCUCCAAAUAAUAAUCUCAGCUCUAACUCAUGAUGAUUAUACUAUAACAUGAUAAUUAAUAAAGCAUUUUUUCUUGUAGCUUAA